GGCUGCGGAAGAAGCUGUCAUUUGGCCAAUUUCCCGUCCAAGCGGUAGUGUCCCAUCAAAACCGACACCAAUUCAGCGACAAAUGUAACCGUCUCACAGAAAGCCAACAAUGGGAUUUACAUGGAGACGCUUUCUCGGCGUUAAACCGUCGAAAGCGCUCAUGUUGUUGCCUUUUCUGUUGACAUUUCUGCUCGUCGGGAGCCAAGGCGAAAGCAAUGCGAUGGACAACGUCGCAACUGAGAGGCUGGCUGAGGAGAGCCACCGACAGGACAGUGCCAAUCUACUCAUAUUCAUAAUGCUCCUAACACUCACCAUUUUAACCAUAUGGCUGUUCAAACACCGGCGGUUUAGGUUCCUGCACGAGACAGGACUUGCCAUGAUUUAUGGCCUGUUGGUGGGUGUGAUCCUGCGGUUCGGCGUCCAUGUGCCCCAGAGCAUGAGUGACGUGACCCUCAGCUGUGCCGUCAACGCCAGCCCCGCCACUCUGCUGGUCAACGUCAGUGGGCGAUUCUACGAGUACACUCUGAAGGGGGAAGUCAGCCGGGGAAAAGGUCACCAAGUGCAGGACGAUGAGAUGCUGAGAAAGGUGACCUUUGACCCAGAAGUGUUCUUCAACAUUUUACUGCCUCCCAUCAUCUUCCACGCAGGCUACAGUCUGAAAAGGAGACAUUUCUUCAGAAACAUAGGCUCCAUCCUGGCCUAUGCCUUCAUGGGAACAGUUAUCUCCUGCUUUAUUAUUGGGCUGAUCAUGUAUGGCUUUGUGUCCUUCAUGAAAGCCGUUGGCCAGCUUGGGGGAGAUUUUUACUUUACUGACUGCCUCUUCUUUGGGGCCAUCGUUUCAGCAACAGACCCAGUGACGGUGCUGGCUAUCUUCAAUGAGCUAAAAGUAGAUGUGGACCUGUAUGCUUUACUCUUUGGGGAAAGUGUCCUCAAUGACGCCGUGGCCAUCGUCCUCUCUUCCUCCAUCGUGGCGUACCAGCCCGUCGGAGACAACAGCCACAGCUUUGAGGCCAUGGCGAUGUUGAAAUCCUUCGGCGUCUUCUUGGGCGUUUUCAGUGGAUCCUUUGCUCUUGGGGUGGCCACUGGAGUCAUGACUGCUCUCGUGACCAAGUUUACUAAGCUGAGGGACUUCCCCUUGCUGGAGACUGCUCUCUUCUUCCUCAUGUCUUGGAGCACCUUCCUGUUGGCUGAGGCCUGCGGGUUCACAGGUGUCGUGGCUGUGCUGUUCUGUGGGAUCACUCAGGCUCACUACACCUUUAACAAUCUCUCCCCUGACUCUCAGGACAGGACCAAACAGUUGUUUGAGCUUCUGAACUUCCUGGCAGAGAACUUCAUCUUCUCCUACAUGGGUCUGACUCUCUUCUCCUUCCAGUCACACGUCUUCAACCCUUUGUUCAUCAUCGGAGCCUUUCUGGCUGUGUUUCUGGGCAGGGCGGCAAACAUCUACCCUUUGUCCUUCCUGCUCAACCUGGGCCGCAGGAACAAGAUUGGGUCCAACUUUCAGCACGUCAUGAUGUUUGCAGGUCUGCGUGGGGCGAUGACCUUUGCUCUCUCUAUCCGUGACACUGCAACGUACGCCCGUCAGAUGAUGUUUUCAACCACCCUCCUAAUUGUCUUCUUCACUGUGUGGGUCUGUGGAGGGGGCACCAUGCCCAUGCUGUCCUUCAUGAGCAUACCGGUGGGCGUGGACUCUGAUCAAGACAACUCUAAUUCAGCAGUGUUGGAUGGGUCACAGCGGAGGAACACCAAACAUGAGAGCGCCUGGCCCUUCAGGAUCUGGUAUAACUUUGACCACAACUACCUGAAGCCCCUCCUGACCCACAGCGGCCCUCCUCUCACUGCUACUCUGCCUGCUUGUUGUGGCCCGCUGGCACGAUGCCUCACCAGCCCACAGGCCUAUGAGAACGAAGGCCAGCUCCACGACGAUGACUCUGACUUCAUCCUGAACGAUGCCAGCGUGAGCUCCAUGUACGCCGACGUCACGGUCAGCACGGAUGCAUCCGGAUCCCACACCAUCAACCGCAAGCGCACCUCCAGCACCGGGGGCGGCCCGUCUGAUGAAGGUCUGGAUCACGAGCUCGCCUUGGCUGAACACGAAGUGGCGAUCAGGGGCACCCGCCUGGUCCUGCCCAUGGAUGAUCCAGUGGAGCCCCCAACGACUGUCACCCUGCCUCCGCCACCCUCCCCACCACGCUCCGAACCUCGCAGGCACAGACUGUAAGAAGGCGUACACUGUCAGGAUGCAGUUUGUUGUUUUCAUCUUAAAAAAAAAAAAAAAAAAUCAUAAAUCAUCUAAUUUGAUUUCACAGGAAAAUAAUCAUCUGUUAGUUGAUUUGUUUGGAUUUUUUGAUCGAGAAACAAACUGCGUGACAAACUAAAAGUCACCAUGUUGAUGGGACCACCUCUCUAUCUAACGUGGUUUUAAAAUAGGCUCAGCUUUGUGACAAACUUGAGGCGCGCUUGAUUUAACUCACCAUUUAGGGUGGAUUACUGUAAUCUUGAAUGUGAAUGCACUACAUGUAAGAAGUCCAAACGGUAACUUAAAAUCAUUUGAGAUGCACAUAUAGUCACCAUUUUGGGAAGCUAAAAAAAUGGGGCUGUAGUAUUUGCUCCUAAGUUUGUACUACUGUGGUGUCAGUGCUGUUAUCUAUGCUCUAUAAAGGCCGCAACUCCCUUUGGCUUCAUGGGGCCAUCCCCAAACGGUUCAUAUGCAGUUUACCUUUCUGUGGUGAAGUUGCUCCUGACAACAGGACCUGUACUUGUCUAGCUUCCUUCAAGUAUCUGUAAGAUGACCUACUGUGUCUAACAUUAAGGGCAGUUGACUUUGCUCUGGUGUAACAUUCAGUGGUGUUGAAGAGCAUUUACACUACAGCUCCAUCACUAAUCUUACUUAUCUAUCAGGCUGGUGAGUGUCCCGUAUGUUUGCCUCUCUCUUAUUGGUGGAGAAACUUUGAAGAAGAGGAAUUAGGGAUUGUGAUUGGCCAAGGUAGGAGCAACUAGACAAUGACGUUGACGUCUGUGAUGGAAGUAUUAGGAGUAAUGAAAUUUAAAAGAAGCUUCCACGACAGUUUCCAGUUUUAUCACUGCCUGCCUCUUUCUCUUCUCGAUCAGACUUUUGACUUAUUCAUUUAUUUAUUUAACUAAAAAAGAUUUAUUUAUAUAAUGACUUGUUUAUUUAUUAUUUAUUUAUUGUUUUGUGGAGUGACAUUAACGAUUAUCUUGCCCUGUUCAAAACGAGGGCUGCUCGGUGGCGAAAGGUCGUUUUGCACCUUUUUCUCCACAGAGCGCUACGACUACACAAGGUACAUCGUAUGGUAGGGAAGCCACGAUGAAGUUCUUUACAACGUGUGCAUGUUAAAAUAUCUCCUUCCUGUACUGUAGCACUUCCUUCUACUUUAUACUUGGAAACUAGAGCUUCCCUGUGUGUGUAUUUUACAAGUGUGUGUUUGUGUGUGGUUGAUGUCAGAAUGAAAUUGUCCAAAUCUACUGACGUGGUUAUUAGGGCUAAUGUCUGUCUCUGGGUUUUCUGUCGUCAUUUGGUUAAAAACAAAGUAACUGCCGUGUCAUACAGCGAAGAUGACUCUGAGGGCUGGCUGAACUGUUUUGAAUUAAAGUGCCUAUUCAGACAUUCAAUUACUUAAUGUAGAUUUGUACAUAUUUUGAUUUGCUAAUGUGCAGUAAGAUUAUCUUUCUUGUUUUUUAUAUGACACUAAACCCCUCUGACUGAAGAUUAAUAUUGUAUUCCCAGUGUAAUUAGGCAUUAGGUGACCGCCUGUCUAUGGUGGAGAUCACAAAAGAGUCUAAACUUAAUCACUACUUUUAUUAAUAGGAAAUAAUUAUCACUAAUAUUUUACUGGAUAGAAAAUGUGUACUUUAUCAAAAAGUAUAUGUGGCAUUUUAAAAUGACUGAAUGCAACAAGAACCUUACAAACUGUUUCUCAGUGAGGUCAACUACAGGCCAACUAUAACAGGAGGAUACCAACGACAUUUUACUGAUGCAAUGUUAGUGUUUUUGUUCCUUGUUUGGCAACCAAGAUCGCAUUUUCUGUUCCCACUUUGACAGAUGUUUUGCACUGAGGCAUCUCCUUAGUUGACCCUUGGUUGUUCCGUUUUCUGGUAGCCGAUUUUUGUGACUGAGGUAGAAAUUAAUUUCUGGUUUUGAACGUGCACAGGUUUGUUUUAACCGUGUCGAGCUGCACGAGUUGUCUUUUUGAUCUUCAAGCGUUUUUCUUAAUAUGAGAUUUGAGUGUGUGUAAUCAUCCAGAGAAAUGGACAACUGAGUUUACAUUGUUUUUCUUUCAUGAAGGUACCCUUUGAUUUUCAUUGCUUGUUUAAAUGUAACUGAACCAAUAAAUAAACAUACUUUGUUAAUAUGGGAA